CUUCGUUCCUCAACCAAGAGCGAGCAGUGAGGUGGGCGACAUCCUCACGUAGCUUCCAGCGACGCGGGUGGGCUCGUUGACAAGCGGUGUUCCAGCGUCCUCGACCUUGCCACAACUCGCAGCCGCUCCUCCAUUUUCCGCUCACCCUCCGCCUCUAGCCGCUCCCUCUUCCCUCUUUGAGCCAUCAUGGCUCGCAAGAGGAACAAGGGCGCAGCGUCAGGCACAGGCCGAGGUGGCGGUGGCGACACGUCGUCUUCCCUCCCUGACCCUCCUUCGUCCUCAUCCGCUCCUGCAGGCUCGACAUCUGCAGCUCCCAUCCCUUGCCCACCUGGCUACCUCUGGGACGGCAAGCGAUUCUACAAGAUGCCCCCCAACCUCUCCCGCGUUCAGGUGUCGGAGGGGUCUAGUGGAUCUGAGGGCGAGAAGCCUGGCUCGUCCAAGAAGAAAGCCAAGAGCAGUGGAGAUACGAAGAUCAAGCGCAGCAGCAGCCACCAUUCUCGCAUCUCUCAGCUCCAAGACAUCACGGACGUUGCACUUGAGGGCGAAGACUACGAUGGGGAUCAAGCCACACCUCGCUCCGUCUUCGCCUUUACGCCUGCCAGUCCUCCGGCUGGCCAUAUCAAAUGGUCCUCUUCAAGCGGCCUGCCAGCCCCUAUGCCCCCUCGCAGCUCCGCACCUUCUUCAGCUUCCGCUCAUCGUUGGAAGAUGAGCACGCUGCAGCGCCAGAUCGAUUCGUACAAGUUCUUCAGUCGGGAUGUCCUCGACGGUAAUGAUCUGCCCAUGGGUCUACAUUCUUCAAUUGAAUCGGAAGUCUCGCACUCUGCAAGGAUCGAUACCUUCGACGCUACUGGCAGCCUCGUCUGGCUCCAGGCACAGUGUGUUGAGCGACGUCACUACGAUGGCAUCACAACAGGCUCGCUCUACUUCGACAGCGCAGGCAGGACUAUGGGAGGGCAGCGCUUUACAUCGUCCUGGCAAAAGCAGCUUCGCGAGAGCUCCUCUGCCACAACAUCCGAGAUUGAAGAGUACGGAGAGGAUGCCACGCUAGAUUGCUAUUGGGACGCAUCCUUCCUCCGCGACUCUCACAUUGGCUUCAGCCCUGUUCCGCACCCUGGCCUUCCAAGCGACAGUCAGCAUGACAUCCGACUCUUUGACUUUGACGAGGAGUCCCCGCGAUCCCGAGGGCUGGUCGCUACGAACCACGAGAUGAUUACGGGCGAGGAAGUCUGGUCCUCGUUCGACAUGCCGACGUGUCAGAAGGUAUUGACCGCCACUGUCAGCCCCUCGCUCCUGGCCGACAAGCCCUGCCGAGAGAUAAUGAAGGCGACUACCAAGCAGAAGAACAACAAGCGCUGGAAAAGCCUUUACGUCGCUAUCGUCUUCGACAUCCACCAGAACAAAGCCCCUAAGCUGAGCGAGAUUCACUGGGCUCCGAGCGGCGUUGCGAUCGUCAACAUUCCUAGAACCACCAAGAAAGAGCAUUCCGCGGUCGCCCUGAGCGAAGGCACGGGACUCUGCUGGCUGGGCUACUCAGACGGUCACAUCGACCUUUUUGACCCCUCCGAAUACACGACCGGAGUCAUCGAUGAGUGCGAGCCCUACCCGAGGGGCUGUCACCAACCUCAUCACCGUCGGCACGAGUGAAGUGGUAGCCGCCUUCUCCACGGGUGCCGUGCUUCUCCUUAAGAUCACAGACAACGAGGCUGUAAUUGUUAGACAGUACGUUGGUCAUGUCAACACAGGCACGCGCUGCGUCAAGAUGAGCGUCCAUCAGGACAGUCGAAUGAUGGCAAUACUUGGCACUGACAGGAAGUUGCGAAUUUGGCAUCUGGAUAACGAAUACCCCUUCAACACCUCCUGGCAUCGACAGCGCCCAGGGUACAUGCCACCGCUUGAUCUCUUGCCUCUGUCAGACUCGCAGCAAGAGCGGCUCCUGAAGCGCACGAAAGAUCAACAUGGCGAGGCCGCUACUCAGU